CGUUUUUGGUUCGGUUAGUUUUCUUGAGGAUUGAUCGCAGAGAAGGUCGUUUUUUUUUAUUUCGCUGAGAGUGUACAAACAAAUAGUGGAAAAAGAAGGUCCCUGCUGAUUGCUUUUGCGUGAUAGUGCACCGACGGAGAUAAGGUAUCGAGGUCAGAGAACUUAGGUCGCACUGAGGAACGGAUGCGGCGUGGCGUACUCUAGACAGAGCGUCGAUCGAAACGAGAUAAGCUAGUGAAAUUGAGAGCACAACCAUCGAAUGCUGAUUUGGCAAGAUGGCCGGUGAAGCAUCACUACAACAACAACAACAACAGCAGCAGCAACAGAUACUGCAGGAGUUGACCGAUAGUUUAGAAUGUCAGAUCUGUUUGAAGACGACGGACGAUCCGCAUCUCUGUCCGAAGUGUUCCAAGUUUUUCUGCUAUGGUUGUAUACGGGAUUGGUUGCAGAAAUCCGACAAGGAAGCGUGCCCCAACUGCUUGGGCUCGGUUAGCUUGUCGGAAUUUGUGAAGUUUCGCUGGGGCAAUAGUAUCGAAUCGUUGCGAAAUUUGGUGACAAAGCCAGGAGGAUCUCCAACCAAUCGUAAAGUUAGCCUGAAAGAUGAGUUGCAUGUGGCGCAAGGUGCGUUCAACGCAGCAUCGGAACGGAUCAACCGAACGCUGGAUGGAAGGAGAGAGGCACUGAAGAAGUCCAAAGAUGGUGUCAUAAAAUCGAUCAACAUUCUAGUACAGCAGGAAUUCCGAGACGUUAAUCAACAGUACAAUGGGAAGUUGGCUGAAGUGGACGCUUGGAGUGACAUUCUCGCAAAGGAGUUGAACAAGCUGGAGAUUUCGCUGUACGCUUUACAGGAUAGCAUUUCCAAGGAACCGGCUUCGGAAUCGGAACAGCACCAGCUCCAGACACAGUGCCAUGUUCUGAAGAAGAAGCUGGACCUUCUAGCUCCGAACGUUCCGGAGCAUAAAUUCUACUGUAAACUUCUACCGGCACCAGUGGUGUGGCGAUUCACGGUAAGGAAUUUCCACCAAUCACGCAUGGGCAAUCAGGUGCAGUACUCGGACUUGGUGCGGGACGAUUUGGGCAACACAUGGCGCUUGGAGAUUCAUCCGAACGGGUUCGACGAUGCCAGGAACAAGAGCGUUAGCGUCUUCAUGCAGCUGUACGAGGGAGUGGAGGGGAGGUACCACUUCACCAUCGAGCUGCCACACCGGGUGCGACCGCACUUCUACGAAGACGAGGACUACUUCCAGCUGCGCAAGGGCUGGGGUCAAAACCACUUCGUCGACCAGAAACUGCUGCUGGACGAGUUCGUCGAGAACGACUGCUUCGAGAUACGGUUCUCCGUCCGAUCGCCGCAUCUGAUCGAAAAGUACGACUGCCUGCGGAAGUAUGCCGACAAGCUGGAGCGCUACAAUUCCGCUUUAAGAGAGGAAUGUUCCGUUGAUUGCAUCAACGAGAUUUGUUGCAUUCGAAACGUCACCGAGGCUUGCAACAGUUACAGUUGCCUGUACUCGGAUACUCUUCGUGACGACCUUGGUGGAACUUGGAGACUUCAGGUGUUCCCCGGAGGUAACGGCGAUGUCAAAGGCAUUUUCGCGUGUAUAUUUCUGGAGCUCGUGGAAGGAAUUCCCAAUGUGUACGAAUUCUCCGUAGACCUAAUCAACGAGUCCCCGAAAAAGUGCAUCAAAAAAUCUCUCGAGCACAACUUUCAGCCGUGGAUGCCCUUCGGGUGGAAAAAUUUCGUUUCCCGCGAAGAACUCCUGGACGGAGGAUUUCUCAAAAAGGAUGCCCUAAUGAUCCGUCUGGCUAUUCGACCGCCCACCGUCGGGCACAAGUUCAACUACCUUCGGCAGUAUCACGACAAAACCGUCAGGGACCUCACGCAGGCCCACACCAAAGCGCCUUCUUCCCCGGCCUCAUCCCUGCUCAGCUCGAAAACUUUCGAAGCUCCGAUUAGCUUUAUCCGAAAAAUGCUCCCCAGAGCUCCCAGCCAAGAGCAGGGAUCUUCCUCCAGUGCACCCAAGUAGAUGCAUGAUUGACCAGAAUAAACACCUACCCCCCAGAAAAGGCGAAAAAAAUACACUCUCAUUGUAGCUGUCAAA